GCACGAGGCAGGAGGCGCGGGCAGGGGGCGGGGCUCUUCCUCCAGAACAGCUCGGAGGAAAACGGUGGGAGGAAGGAAAGAGGAGAAAGAGUUGACAUUUCCCAGGAGAAGACGGGAUAUUGUUCCUUCAGAGCGGUUCCUGGUUGUGACUCAGCCCGUCAGGUUCUUCUUCAUCUGUUACCCGUUGAGCGACGUCGAUCCGCUGCCGGCGCCGCCGCACUGACACCGGCUGAACGCUCAGCCGGCUGACUGGGAGCGCUCUGAUUGGUCGACGAGGCUCAGUUCCCCCUCGCUCCAUGGCAGCCUCAGAACUGAUCGAGGAGGGCGAAGUUCGGAUCCCGGUGGAGGCCAACGUGACCUCGUCCAACUCCCCGACACAGAGCCCUCAGAGGGUCGCCAACGGCAACCCCGCCCGCCCGCCCGCCGCGGACGAGCCGGACGGCGCGGACAGGAGCGAGCGCAGCGGGCUGUGCAGCAUGCGGCUGCUGGAGUCCCUGAACAGCAAGCUGAAGCGGCGCUGCGACUACGAGAAGAUCUGCGCCAAGGAGGAGCUCACCGACAGGCUCCCCAACGAGUGGUGGAAGACGGGCGUGGCCUUCCUCUACGCCUUCUUCAACCUCGUCUUCACCACCGUCGUCAUCACCAUCGUCCACGAGAGGGUGCCCGACAAGUCGGUGAGCCCGCCGCUGCCCGACAAGUUCUUCGACUACGUGGACCGGGUGCCCUGGGCCUUCACCGUCACCGAGACCAACGGGCUGAUCCUGGUGGGAUUCUGGUUCGUCCAGUGGCUCUUCCUCAAACACAAAGCCAUCGUGGGCCGCCGGUGCUUCUUCCUGAUCGGGAACCUCUACAUGUAUCGCUGCAUCACCAUGUACAUCACCACGCUGCCGGUGCCCGGGAAGCACAUGGUCUGCGCCCCGAAGCUUUACAACGACUCCACGGGGAAAAUAUGGAGGAUCCUCCGACUGCUUUCUGGAGGAGGUUUGUCUCUGACCGGUUCUCACCUCAUGUGUGGAGACUUCCUGUACAGCGGCCACACCGUCAUGCUGACGCUGGCCUACCUCUUCAUCAGCGAAUACUCUCCCCGCUGGAUGUGGUGGUACCGCUGGUUCUGCUGGGCCCUCAGCGCCUCCGGAGUCAUCUGCAUCCUCGUGGGUCACGAGCACUACAGCAUCGACGUCGUCAUCGCCUACUAUGCCACCACCAGGAUCUUCUGGGCCUACCACACCAUGGCCAACAAUCACGAGCUGCGCGGAUCACCAAACAACUACCUGUCCAGGGUGUGGUGGAACCCGGUCUUCAACUUCCUGGAGAGGAACGUCCAGACGACGGUCCCGCUCGUGUACCUGUCACCGCGGGCCCUGCUGUCGUCCUGCAGAGAGCGGUACCAGACGAUGGGCAUUGAAAGGGACGACUGACAACCGGAGAGGGUGGUCGGGAAACUCACCUGAGCUGCAGCCGGACCCUGCCUGUAGAACCAGGCUGGUACCUCUCUGCUGUGAGGAGGAAGAGCUGCAGAAACUGGAAGUGUUGAGUUUGCCUCCACUGCUGUGGAGUCCGGCCUCCUGCCUUCAGAAACUAAAGUCUCCGGACAUUGAAGCUUAGGAGCAAAAAGACGUUUUUUUUAUUAAAUACAUUCUGACAAACUACACUGUGACAUUUAAACCCUUCAGCCCGGCGGUUGGAGACGUUUUCUACUUCUUGCUGUUUAAAUUAUAAGGUUUAAUGUUGAGCUGCCAAAGCUGAAGAUGCUGCUUGUUGAACGUUCAGCCCAUUGUGCCUGGAGGCUGCAGAGAGACUCCGGCUGUGUCCCAGGGAGGACUUUAACAGUAUAAGGUUUCAGUUCAACGUCCAGCUGAUCUUAAAUAAUGUUUGGUGCACAAGUUUCUACUGCAGUCUGACCGGAGUUCUGUUGGGCCUAAACGGUGCCAUGAGGAAGUAUUUGCCCCUUUUGUUAUUGUUCUGUUCUGUUAUUGGUUUCAUCUUUUGGCUCUUAAAUGUUUUACAUCAUGAAACAAAUGUUAACGUCAGACAAAGAUAACGUGAGUAAAUACCAAAAAAAAUAUUGCUUUUCAAAUUAUUUCUAUUCAGUGGGGAAAAAGCAUGACUGGCUGCUGUGAGCCUCUUACUUCACUGUACAGAACUGUUGACCAGCUAGUUGCAUAAACAUCUUAUUUAAUUUACUUUGACUAGGCCACUCCUGAAGAACCUUUUUUCUUCUUCUUGAGCCAUAGUUUCCGGUCGCUCGCACUUUCCCCUCUACUGAUUUUUCUUGAUGCGUUACAGACCCAACACCACUGUGUCGUCUGCAUAUGUGAUUAGAGUUUUUUCUAUAAGGUGUGGAGAUCCACCUGUGCUCAUAAGUUUACAUACUCUGGCAGAUUAUCAGUUUUCUUUACAAUUUUUCAAAGAUGGACUUGCUGAAUGUUGGUUAAAGCUAUUAAACAACUGUUUCUUUUUAAGUCACAAUGACCCUGACCAAUAGUUUACAACCUACUUCUUAAUACCGAUGGUUUAUGAUGACAGCCUGAAGUAUUUUGGGAUUGUUUUGGAUGAGACAGCUAUGGUAAAUCUGCCCAUUCUUGGCAAAAAGCCUUUAGUUCCUGUGUAUCCUCAACAUUUAUGAUACUGAGGUCAGAAGCUGACAUGGCCUCCACCUGUAUUGUUGUCAUGUUGCAACAUCCAGGUGCAUUCAUGUCUAAUCCUGGUUGAGAAGUGUCAUUUUUCCUCCAGUAUUUUUCAGAUAACAUCUAUGUGGCUCACACAUCCCCCAAGCAUCACUGAUCCACCUCCGUGUUUCACUGCAGGAACAAGACACUUCUCAUGACAGACCUUGUUGCCUCCUCUCCAAAUGCAGCGUUGAAGGUUUUUGGGGUAAAAUGUUUGCUUUUGGUCUCGGAGCUGUUUGGUGUACUGUUACCGGACUGCUUUCUGGCACAGACUCAACUUUCCUCUGGUGACUGGAUCAUGCAGAACAUUUUUUCCCCUUAAUUCUUUUAAUGUCAGCAAAAGUUAUUUCUGGGUUUCUUUUUGCAUCCUGAACAAAUUGUGGCUAAAAUUUUAGCUUUUGUUCUACUUCUCUCAUUCAGGUAUUAUAUAUCAUUGCAUUAUCAUUCAAAAGAGAUCCUGCCUGGGUCAGGAGGGUGUGAUGAAGGCAGAAACAAGCAAUCAAGUCUCGAGUAGCAGAGCUUCUCUUUAUUUUCACAGUGAUUAAAUAUUGAAACAGAAACCAAAUAAUGAAACAAUGAAAAAUUCAAAGUACCUCUGGUUACAAACGAGAAAACAAGAGGUCAGUUUGAAGGUAAUGGAUUAAAACUUGAAUAUUCAACUUGGUAGAUUCUUACAGAGCAAAGAUCAGAUGGGGGGUGUACUGUCAUUGAAGGAGGGUGUUUUUUUUAUGAGUGGUGCUUCUUACUACUUGAACAUCUUUGCAAUUGUAAGAAAUUAAUUUGUUUCACACAGGGAAUUUUCUCAUGAAGAGUAUAAACUGAUUCCAUUUUCUAAGGAGAAAAAGUAGAAAUAGUUAGUUAAAGAUUUUUUAAUUGUAGUACGAUCACUGAUGGGAGGAAACUAAAUGUGAAAAGGUUUUCAGUUAUUACAUUCACAAAAUAAACAACUUACACAGAACCAUUUACUUUACUUCUUGAAACGGCAACUAUUUUUCUCUGUGUUCAAACGUCCAAAACAAUAUUUCUUGCAGCAAACCUCUGCAUAAGUCAGACGGUGAGGGCAGGCAGGCUCCAGAGCCACAUUGGGUACUUCCUAACUUUGGCCAUAAAUGACCUGAGAAAUAAUUUUAUGCUGAACUUUUAAAAUAAAGGUCUGUUGUUA